AUGGGCCCGGAUCAGCCUCUACGCAAUGACGAUGGUCUCCAGUCAUACCGCGUGAAACCCGAAUAUAAUGCACCCCGAACACAGCACGAAGCGCCGAAUCUACCCGAAGAUAUACUGGACCUAGUGUUCCACGAGCUCUCAUCCUCGAUUCCACCCCACCAGCGCCAUGCGUCUCCGCCAGUCUUGUUGCCGUCUCAUGUGUCCAGAAUCUGGCGGCAGGCUGCCGUCGCAGACAAGCGUCUCUGGUUGGACAUUCCCCUCUCCUCCCCAGAGCUGGCUGGGCUCUUCUUGCAAAGAUCGGAACCAAUCGGCGUCGCCGUCUACGUACCUCACGACUACCGCGUGGGAUCUCCGCGAAGGCAAUCAGCAAUCGAUGAGAUUCUGCGUCAUCCUGCCCGUAUCCGCAUUCUGAAGUACUGGGUGUGGGACGAGUCCACCGAGCUGCCAAUGGUCCUCCUGCACAGUCAGGAUCAUCACAACUUUGAAGAUUCGCCUGACAUUGAGGUCAUAGGGCUUUGGUCGACGGACAUCGACGACAGUACUGUCGCCCAGCUCAGUAGUCGUGACAAACUACACUCACUGACAUUGAGUGGGCGAUGCAGUCUUGAUAUCGCUGUGCCGAGGACUCUCGCGCACCUGACGAGUAUGUGCUUAUACGGGCAUACUAUAUACCUCGACGCGUUCCAGAACCUCAUGCUAUGUGUUCCCGGUCUUCACCAUCUGGUGUUACACCGUGCGACAUUCCGUCAAACGAACGCCGAUGCGGGCACCUACCACCUUCCACCUACGUUGAGGACUCUGAAGGUUGCAGGGCGUACCCCCUUCAUCAUGCACUUCUUGUCCCUGAUGAAGAUGCCCGAUACGACUAGGAUAACCGUAUAUCCCGUGGACGAUAUGGAUCUACAAUACCAUCUGCUUGAAGAUCCUGGCCCUCCUGGCCCGGAUAUGGCGACACUUUCAUGGCUCUCUGUUCAAAGCGCAAGGACCGAGUACUUCCUACAUGCGUGGCCUGGGUCUUUUCUGGCCGUCUUGGGGCUAUUUCCCCACGAGAAACGCCUCAUCCUCAGACCUCACGGACGCGGAUGCAUAGAGAUCAUCGUCGAGGGCAGAUUACCACCGGGGCAAGCAUCCACACAUGCUCCAUUCAGCCUCAUGCUGAUUCAUCCGGACAUUGGGCCCAUGAAUCGUAUGCUCUUCACGUGUCUGGCGCUCCUAGUGACCUUGAGUGGUUGGCAAGAGAUCCGGCUUGAGGAGGGCAUCCUGGCGGUGCUGGUGGAGUUCGUCAUUGAGUUCAUCACUCGCGGCUCACGCUUGCAGAGCUUAGCCUUUAUGAGGCGUCUCGAGUUUUCUCUGAGCGAUGCACGGCUUCGACGUGCUCCAUUGAGCAAAAAUCUUGCGAAGCUGGGCUCUGAGUGGCCUUCGGCGCAAAUUAAUGCAUUGUCAACGGGAGAAGGGGACUUGCAGCCGGAUGAAGAGGGACUCAGGUGGGCUUACUACGACAAUGCCUAG